GGCGCGGCGCGCCGACCCGGCCGCGUUCGAGCGCGCCCGCCGGCUGGCCGCCCGGCUGUACCCGCUCAACUACGGCCGGGCGGCGCGGCUGCGCGGCCUGCAGCUGGAGCUGCUCUGGCGCCGCCGGCUGUUCGCGCCCGCCUGCGGCCUGCUGCUGCGCUACCGCUCGGAGCCGGUGCGCCGCCAACAGAUGGCGCGCCGGUUCGCCGUCUGCUGCUGCCUGGCCGCCCACGAGGGAGCCGAGGACGCCCUGCCUUACAUCCAGAGUACGUCAGUGGCGCUAAUGUCCCGCGGCCUCUCGGGCCCCCUGCUCUCCGCCUGGCAGCACUGCACACUCAGCGACCAGCACAGUUUCCAGGAGGCGGGCCGGCGGCUGCUGCUGGCCCAGCCGGCGGCCCGCCGUCACCUGGCGCCCUAUCUGCUGCACGCACUCCAGGAGGCGCAGCUCACCGGCCGAGAGGACGUGCUGCGCGGCCUGCUCGAGCUGAUGCUGCGCCUGGGCGAGACGCGCUUCUACCCGCUGGUGUUUGGGGCGCUGCUCGACUUCCAGUGUCUGAUGGAGGACGUCCAGUCGGCCCGAGAGACCUUCAAGCUGGUAGGCGAGCUAUCCAUAUCACUGCCAUCUACCGUCAUCAAUCGGUACUCGAGCUUACUGCAGCGCCACCGGCUGAAGGCCCCCGCGGCGCUGCUACGGAUGAAGUACCGCCAGCGGCCGCCAGACGGCAGCUCUAGUGCAGCGGCGCCCAAGGUGCCGUCGGCGCCGUCCUGGUUUGACGAUUGGUGAAGUGUGAACCCCGUGUGAUUGGAGGGUGUGUGACCCUCAGCGACUCAGGUCAGAGCUUUAGGUACACUGUGAUCUCCUUGAUUGUUAGGACGCGUUUCAGCGACUUUUUAGCGACUGUUAAUGAACGAUGUGUUAAUCGUGAUUGGACAUCUAUGCUUGCGAUGGUGCCGUGCAAUAGAAGGAAGUUCGAA